CAUCGUCUCCCUUGAGCGGCCAUACCUUCAGGUCUCGCUGUGCAGAAGAAGGGAGGCUCCUCCGCCGCUGCCGCCGCCGCCGCCGCCGCCGCCGCCGCCGCCGGUUGGUCCAAGCCGAGCACCCGGAAAUGGCGCGUGGGUUGAAGAAGCAUUUGAAGAGGCUCAAUGCUCCCAAGCAUUGGAUGCUCGACAAGCUAGGCGGUGCAUUCGCACCUAAGCCAUCUUCUGGACCUCACAAGUCCAGGGAGUGUUUGCCUUUGAUCCUUAUUCUGCGAAACAGGCUGAAAUAUGCCCUUACAUAUCGUGAAGUCAUUGCCAUCUUGAUGCAGCGACAUGUCCUUGUUGACAACAAAGUCAGGACAGAUAAGACUUACCCUGCUGGUUUCAUGGAUGUUGUCUCAAUUCCCAAGACAAAUGAGAACUUCCGUCUCCUCUAUGACACUAAGGGCCGAUUCCGACUCCACAGCAUCAGGGAUGAUGAGGCAAAGUUCAAGCUUUGCAAGGUUCGCUCGGUCCAGUUUGGGCAGAAAGGCAUCCCAUACCUCAAUACCUAUGAUGGCCGUACCAUCCGCUAUCCCGACCCUCUGAUCAAGGCUAAUGACACCAUCAAACUUGACCUUGAGACCAGCAAGAUCACCGAGUUCAUCAAGUUCGAUGUCGGAAACGUCGUCAUGGUUACCGGGGGAAGGAAUAGGGGACGUGUUGGAGUUAUCAAAAAUCGUGAAAAGCAUAAGGGAACUUUUGAGACCAUUCACAUUCAAGACUCACAGGGUCAUGAGUUUGCUACUCGAUUGGGCAAUGUGUUCACGAUCGGAAAGGGAACCAAACCUUUUGUCUCUCUUCCCAAGGGCAAGGGUAUCAAGUUGUCCAUCAUUGAGGAGGCGAGGAAAAGGCUUGCAGCCCAAGCAUCUGCAACUGCGUGAGUUUUACUAUUGAUGAUGUAUUGAAUUAUCCGACUUACUUUUAUUUAGCUGCAAGAGGAUUUUUGGGUAGUGAGCAUCUUGUUUUUGUUCCGGUACAAUUCUGGCGAAGUUUUGCUUUUGCAAGAUAGGGUUUCCCUGUUGUUUUGGAUGUUAUAGAUGAUGGCGAUUUAAGGUUCUUAUAUCC